AGGCUUUUCUGAUCAGAAUACAUACAGCGGUUGGUUUUGAAAUCCAGUCAAGAACAGAACGAUAAUGGAUUCCUUCGCGUCUUUCUUCGAUUCGCAAUCCGCCUCUCGAUCGCGUUGGAGCUACGACUCGCUCAAGAAUUUACGCCAGAUCUCCCCGGUUGUUCAGAAUCAUCUCAAACAGGUGUAUCUCUUGCUAUGUUGCACCCUUGUGACAUCUGCUAUUGGAGCUUAUCUUCACAUUCUUUUCAAUAUUGGUGGGUUUCUUACAACUCUUGGAAGCAUUGGGUGCAUCAUCUGGAUGCUCUCUACGCCCCAAUAUGAAGAGCAAAAAAGAGUGUCACUUCUCAUGGCUGCGGCAGCCUUUCAAGGAGCCUCUGUUGGCCCUCUGAUUGAACUGGCAAUUGAUUUUGAUCCGAGCAUUCUAUUCAGUGCUUUUGUCGGCUGCGCCGUGGCCUUCGGUUGUUUCUCAGCAGCUGCCAUGGUAGCACGCCGUCGAGAGUACUUGUACCUCGGGGGGCUGCUCUCUUCCGGUAUCUCCAUACUUCUCUGGUUGCAGUUUGCUACUUCACUUUUCGGUGGUUCCAUGGCCCUUUUCAAAUUCGAGUUGUAUUUCGGACUCCUGGUGUUUGUGGGCUAUGUCGUCGUCGACACCCAGGAUAUCAUCGAGAAGGCUCAUUUUGGAGACCUGGAUUACGUGAAGCAUGCUCUCACCUUAUUCACCGACUUUGUCGCCAUCUUUGUUCGGAUUCUCAUCAUCAUGUUAAAGAAUGCUUCGGAAAAGGAGGAGAAGAAGAAGAAAAGAAGAAACUAACUCGACCCUACGAAAUAAGUCUUGUGCAUAAACUUAUGACUUUCUUUGAUCGCCCGACUUUGUACUUUGUUAUAUGCUCGACGGAUUGUGUCGUUUUUUUGUUUUUGUUGUUGCUUGAAAACAUGUGAAUUGAUGAUGCUAAUACAUGUGAUAUCUUAGCUCUGAUAAUUGGAUGAUGUUUUUUAAUGUAAUAUUUUAAAUGAAAAAUAACGGGGAUUUCAAUUUUA